UCUGAAAUUAGGGUUUUGGAGUUUUUGGACUCCUCCUUGCUAGGAAGCUAAGCAUAUAUAAAUAAACCCUCCACCUCCACCUUCAUCUCAUCCAUUUCUCUCUGCUACAGCUAUAAAUCUUUCUCUGUUUCUGUAAUCCAAUCAUGGUUAACGGUCCAGGUCUUUACAGUGAGAUUGGCAAGAAGGCCAGAGAUCUCUUGUACAAGGACUACCAGACUGACCACAAGUUCACUCUAAACACCUCCUCUCCUACUGGUGUUACUAUCACAUCCUCUGGAACAAAGAAAGGUGACUUGCUUGCUGCUGAUGUCAAUACUCAGCUGAAGAACAAGAAUAUCACAACUGAUAUCAAAGUGGACACAAGUUCCAAUCUUUUUACAACCAUUACGGUUGAUGAACCUGCUCCUGGUCUGAAGACAAUCUUCAGCUUCAAAGUACCUGAUCAAAGGUCUGGCAAGGUGGAAAUACAGUAUUUGCAUGACUAUGCAGCUGUAAGCUCAAGCGUUGGGUUGACAGUAAACCCGAUUGUUAACUUCUCAGGUGUGAUUGGGACCAAUGUCGCCUCACUUGGAACAGAUCUUUCAUUUGACACCAAAACUGGGGACUUCAUCAAAUGCAAUGCUGGAGUUAGCUUGUCAAAAGUUGACCUGAUUGCCUCAUUGACUUUGAAUGACAAGGGUGAUUCUCUCAACGCAUCCUACUACCAUAUUGUGAACCCCUUGACUGCUGUUGGUGCAGAAGUGAGUCAUAGCUUCUCAUCCAAUGAGAACACCAUCACUGUUGGUGCACAGCAUGCAUUGGAUCCAUUGACAACAUUGAAGGCACGUGUGAACAAUGCUGGUAAAGCAAGCGCUCUUGUUCAGCAUCAGUGGCGGCCAAAGUCUUUCUUCACUGUUUCUGGAGAGGUAGACACCAAGGCGAUCGAGAAGACUGCAAAAGUUGGAUUGGCUCUAGCUCUCAAGCCAUGACCGUGCUGCCCCAUUAUAAAGAGGAGGCUGCAUAGAUGUCUCUCUAGACUCACUUUCUUCUGUUAUUAAGGUUGGUUGUGACUCUUUGGACAGCGUUCUCAUGGUGAUACCUCUCUUUCUGUUUUACUGGUUUUUCAAUGUAAAAAUAAAAUUUAGAGGGGUCAUACCACGCCGGCACCUUAUGAAUUCUCGUAAUCUUUUACUCAGUCCAAGCUAAACUGAGAUGGAAUAUCAGUUAUUUUAGAGGGUUUAGUUCAUAA